AUGCGAGCGUGCUUUGAGCGGAACUCUGGCAUCACCAGCAGAGAACAGCUGGCCCAAGCAAUCAGCAUUCAGGAGCCCAGGGUCCAGAUCUGGUUUCAGAAUGAAAGAUCACGCCAGCUGAGGCAGCACCAGCGGGAACCUCGGGCCUGGCCUGGGAAACGCAGCCCUCAAGAAGGAGUGGUGAUUGCCAUAAAAGAAUACCAGAAACGCAGAAAUCCAAGCUCUGCUACUCUGGCUCCCGAUAUUGGCAGUGGCUGCUGCCAUCACGCCGGCUGCAGCAGGGAGGCGCGGCGGGGUCUGCACACUCCUCGGAGCCCUGGGAGCCCCGUCCCUUCUGAGUUGGAACCUGAACUCCCCGAUGCGCUGCAGCCAUCCAAACCGCAGCUACAGACCCAGGCCUCCUGCUCUGCGGAUCAGCCAGGACCCCCGCCCUCCCAAACUGCGGCUGUGGGUCGGAGCCUCCCUGUGCUCUUGGGUGGUGGCCGGAAACAGGCAAGAUCCGCCCUCCCGGGUGCAGUUGCAGCGACUGACCGCGGCUGCAGACAUGGGCCUCCCGUUUCACAGAGCAGGCAGGAGUUAGGGACAAGCGGAAGCCCUGUCGCUUCCGAGUUGGCGGGGCGGGAUCUCCCGGGUGCAGCUGCCUCCGGCCGGCAGCUCAGAUGCAGGACCCGGGCGUCUCUGCAGCCUGCACCCUCGGGGACACCAGGAAGAAUCUCUGUCCCUACAGGCUCGGGGGUGUCCGCUACUGUGCCUGGCCUCCCACUGCUCCUGUCGCCUACUCCGAUUGCAGAGCAGGGGUUGGGGCCGAGCCAUGAAUGGCAGCGGGAGGCAGAUCGAUUGAUUAUUGGGCCGAAGGGGGAGGGUCCCCCAUAAGGACCCACCUUCAGGCCUGGGAGGGCCUGAAGGUUGGGGGCUGGGCUGCCAGUCCCGCGGACCAGAGUCUGAUUGUGUUCUGGAGACAGAAGUUUAAUUGCAAAGAAAAAUAAAAUUUUUAAUUUUUAUUAAAAAAUAUGAGAAGUCUAUGGAGAAAAAUAGAGCAAGUUAUCAUAUAUAUUUUAAGAACUUGGAGAGGAUUAAAAUGUUCGCAAAAAUAUGUAAAUCAAGCAAAAUAUUAAACUAGGUGUGCAAGCCAGAAAAUAAAUGCUUCACAGACAGAAGGUUUUCCCUGAUGAAUUUCACCUCCAGACUUAGAAUCCUUUUCUUCGGGCCUCUGCUGAGUUACACCAGAAUGUAAACGUGAAAAACAUAAUCAUUGCUUUAAUUGAUAGGUAAGACCUUCCAGCACUGAAGGACACAUGCUCGGACUUGGGAAUAAUGAAUUUUAAACAUUGUUUGAAUUAUUUGUUUCUGUUACAUCUUUAUCACAACAAUGAUCUCAAUUUAAUUAUACUAUAAAUAGUGUAGCUUUGUGAGUAUGAGUACUAGGUACUUGCCUUGGUUAGACACGAAAGAGGCUUAACUUAAAUGUGCCAGAGACGUGAAGAUAAUAUAUUUAUUCUGUGUGUUUAAUUUACAUUUAAAGACAUUGUACAGACUUAUUUUUUAAAUUGUACAAAUCCAAAGAUCAUAAUGAAGAACAAAAUUUGUUUUUUACCAUAAUGUAAGUAUCUUGCAGUGGGAACUCAUUUGAUUUAGAGUAGCCAUAAGAUACAGACGAUUGAAAAUAUUCAAGUAAUCAUUCUAUUACAUUUUCUUAAAUAAAAAAUUUUAAGUGUCAAACAUGUUUAGUACA